AAAAAGAUUACAUGACCAAAAUAUAAAAGACAAAAAAAAAUGAUUGUCUCCAUUCAUUCAUUUCAUUGUGCGAACAUUAAAAAGAUAAAGAAGCGCAUUUGUUUAUUGGCUAUUCUGGGGACAAAAGAAACAAAGCCCCCCUAAAAGGAAUGGAGCUCAGGUUGCAGAGUACGGUUUUGUCAGUUACCUCCUUCCGCAACAAGAACACCGGUAUUUCCCUAUCCCUUAAUCUUGUCUAGGAAUUAAUUUUGCAUCAAACAUGUGCACGAGUGACUCAAUCUUGCCUUCUAGCUUUAACUCUGUGUUUUACUGCAAUGUAUGAUGUUAUCCAUUUAUUUGGUGGUGGCAGAUGAAGUUGCUGUGUAUCCAUAAUUAUCUUGCUCAAAUUUGGUAUCUUUACGCGUUUUUAGUUAAUGGGUUGGUUUAAUUUCUCAGUUAGGACUUCGGCAGAACCAUUUAGUGAGAUAUUUGUGAGUAUUUAUUGGCUUUAAAUUGAGCCAUUGAUGGGUUUUAAUGGAGGCAGAUAGACUUAAUAUUCUUGGUUUUCAAUCAAGCCUGAGAAUUUAUGUGCGAUUAAGAUUUGGCUCGUGAUAAUGGUGGAUACACCAACUAUCAAGUAGUUGUAGUAUACAUGUGGCAGAUGUGGCGUUAAUCAAAUAGACACGCUAUUGUUGCCUGUUGGCUAACAGUUCCGGGAACUAACUGCUGAAACAUUUCCUUUAAUGGCACUUAAAUGGUGACUUAUAGAUUAGGACGCAGUAUAUGAAUGUUCUUGUUGGUUUGGUGAUGAGCAACAUUUGGAGAGUUCAUUGAAUCGAAAUGAUGGUGUAAAGAUGGAGGUUGAAAUAUAUUCCCUCUAAGGAGUGAAUAAACUUUAUUUUUGUACUGAAACAAAGAUGUAAAAUUUAUGAGGGUAGUGUAGUUUGUAUGAGGGACUGUCUGUCCCCUCUAUUAUGAUUGAAUUGGAUGCAUUAUAGAGGGAGAUAGUAAUCUUAAAUGUGAGACUUAAGGAUAGUGUAGCUUACUUAUUAGGAUUCAUUGGAGGUUGAUAUGGUACAUGCAUGGUAGAGGAGGAUGGCCGUCUUAAAAGAUUGAUUAGCAAAAAUUUUUGAACUGAGCCCGGGAGUGGAAGUGUGUGCAACCGCUGUAGUAAUUCGCUUGUCAAUUACGUCGUCCUCCUUUGCAAUGCAUCAAGAAACUAAAAAAAAAAAAAAAUAAAGAAAGAAAAGGUUCUACAGUUUCCUUAUCAUAUUAUGAUACAUUUUUAAAGUGAUAAUGCACCCAAUGGUUUCCAUUUUAUUGGGCUUCCAUUGUUUAUCAGAGCUCAAUAUGGGUAUCUGUAUUAAAUAUUCUUUUUAUAGAAUGAGCAGGGUGGAAAUAAAAUUACAUUUUUGGAUGAAUUCAGAUGGGCGGAGAAGCUAGACAUAGCUGUAUCACUUCUGUGUGCAGAAUUUAUUUUUAUUCUCCUGGACUCUGCUGCUAAUGUUUUCUUCAAUCUUAAAUUGUAACGAGUUUGAAACUUAGGAUGCUAUAGCUGAUUUCUAGUUUCACAGACUAAUAUGCUCUCAUUAACUGUGAGACAUAGAUCUCUGUUUAAACGUCAAGUUAAGUGUUUUUGAAACUCCAAGCAAGGAGAAGCUGUUAAUGGAAAUGCUAACUUCCUUGUCAGAAAUUUCAGUAUCUCUGUUUCCUAUGGUGUCUGGAGUUCUCUGGCUUAAAAAUUUAGGUUGUCUUUGUUGCAAAAUAUAAAUGAGACAUUUUUUCUGCAUAUUCGAUUCAUUUCAUGAAAAGAUUGUUUUUGGUUCUAUGUGGCUGACAAAUUGAUCUGGAGUGGUUUCAUGAUCUAAGUGCUGGGCUUGAUCUCUGGCUACAGCAAUGGCUACUAAGCUUUUAUCUUACAGUUUGAUGUUAGCUGCAUGGAUCAAGUCCUUUAUAGCUAACUUGAAACCUGAAAGACUAGAUUCUUCCUUAAAAAGUUCUUUUGAUUACUGAAUGAUACAACAUUUUUGAAAUGUCAAUUUUUUUCCGUGAAGGAUUUAAGUAUUACAUUUCUGAGUACUACUGUCCUAUGCAUCUUUUGAUCUUAGAGGCAGCAAGAGCAUCCAAUCCCAGUAAUCUUCUUCACAGACACAUUUACUUUCCAACUGCCUUAAAGGUGAACCAACCAGUGCACAAGAAAUUCACAACAAUUUGUGCAGUACCAGAAACAGUUGCAUCUGUUGUAGUUGCUGCUGCUAUUGCUGGCGCUGCAGCUACUCUUCUUGCGAAGAGAACUGAGGAUUCUGCAAAAACUGAGGUCCCUACAAAAAUAUGUGAUGACUGUGCUGGUUCUGGGAUUUGCCCUGAGUGCAAAGGAGAAGGCUUUGUGUUAAAGAAACUAUCGGACGAAAGUGCUGAGAGAGCGAGGAUGAUGGCCAAGAAUGCGGCUACAAGAUACACAGCAGGGCUUCCGAAAAAAUGGAGCUAUUGUACAAAAUGCUCAUCUUCCCGAUCGUGUAGAACCUGUGAUGGUACUGGAAAGCUUAGCUUAUAGAUCAAGCCUAAAGAGUCAGGGAUGUCUAUGAAGUUUGUCGUUGAACAUUGGCAUGAAUUAAACAUUCGGAUCGCAAGUCAGAAACAAAAGAAGGAACUCAUGUAUGUAAAAACUGUAUUCUUUUCUCGUAGGAUAUCCAACUUGUACAGAAAUUUUGUAGAAAUUCUGAUUGACCUUUUUUAUGCCAGUGCAACUUCCAAAAUGAUUGUAUAAUGAUUACAGAACUGAUGGAAGCAUCUUUUUAGGAAUAUAGGAGCCAUGAUUCAUUCCACUUUUGAAGGGCAGAAGCAAAGUUUUGAAUUCAGCAUGUGCAUGUCAUCUAGACAGGCUUUCAUUGCAAGAGAAUAUAAAAUUUGUGCAAUUUAACAAAUGGAAGUCAAAUCGCAAGAAUUGUUGGAAGAAAAUGAUUUGUAUAAGCACAGUGAAACAGAUGAGAGGCUAUCAAUAACAUGGGAUGAUCUGCCGUGCAGCUGUUCAUAACUCUUCUACAUGAAGCAAACUAGCUAUCAGCAGAUUCAUAGUUGAUUGUCUUUUUUUACUCUUCAAAACUGCAAAAACUGCCAUAUCCUUAAAGCAUAUGUUACUUAGAAUCCAGCUUACACAUUGACAAAUAUACUUUAAUGUUCUGAUUCAACAAAGUUUGGGGUUCCUGGUCAAAGUUUGCUUUACAUUUUA